CUACCCUCUCGUUCUGAUUCGUCAGAGGAGAGUGAAUGUCCCUCUUUUUGUCUCUCUCUCUCUUUCUCUCCACUCCCUCCUUGCCCCCUUCUCUCUCGCUCUCUCUGAUUAGAUAUUCUGAUUCCUCCUUUCAAUGGACGUCAUUUAAGCGCAGACUUUGUGCCCCUGACUUGCGUCCUCCACUCCACGCAACACUUCCGACUAUUUUUUUUUUCCAAUUCCCGUUGGCGUUUCCCUAUACUCUUUUGUUAUUGUUUUUUGAAUUAUUAUUGAAGUGUUCCAACAUUGCCGGUGCGCCAUGUUAGGAGUCCAAGAGAGGGAAGAAACGGCUAAUAUGAGCUCAAGCGAGGGGACGACAGCAUUGUGAUAGCAGGGAAGAAAAGAGAAGACAACUUUUUUUUUUUUCAUUUUGGGGGGAGAUUCCGACCCUAAAUCCGUCAACACCCUUGAAUGUUUUUUUUUGUUUUUUAAUUAGAUCCAAAUGAAGGGCAAUGGGGAUCUAAUUUAUUAUUUCUAAUGGAUUAUCGCUCUCUUGUUCGUGCACGUAUUUGAUCUGCGAGGCCAUCGCGAUCUUUUACAAGGGAGGACUUUUUUUUUUCUUUCCUGGGGGGAAUUUUUUAUUGGUAAAUUCCCUUCCAUUCUGCAGCGAGAGAGACACCUUUUUUUCAAACUGUAGUAUAUAUUUUUUUAUGAAUCACAUCUUAAGAUGUUAGUGCACAGUUUUUCCGCUAUGGAUCGCCACGACGGCACCAGCAACGGGACGGCGAGGCUACCUCAGCUGGGCGGCGUGGGCCAGAGUCCGUACACGAGCGCGCCGCCGCUCUCCCACACGCCCAACUCAGACUUCCAGCCCCCGUACUUCCCCCCACCUUACCAGCCCAUUUACCCGCAGUCUCAGGACCCUUACUCGCACGUCAACGACCCUUACUCCCUAAACUCGUUGCACGCUCAGCCGCAACCGCAGCACCCGGGCUGGCCCGGCCAGAGGCAGGGUCAGGAAAGCGGCCUGCUGCACCAGCACCGAAGCCUGCCCCACCAACUGUGUCGGGACUACCGCAGGGAGGUGCUUCUACCGUCCGGCCACGGCAUUGACACGGGACUGUCGGACUCUAUCCCAAUCCAUGGAAUACCUCACUCUUUAGAAGAUGUCCAGCCUGUUGAGGAUCAAGGAAUUCACAUUCCCGACCAGACUGUAAUUAAAAAAGGUCCGGUGUCUUUAUCCAAGAACAACGUCUCGGGCAUCCCCAUCAACAAGGAUGGCCUCUUCGGCGGGGUGGUCAACCCGAACGAAGUGUUCUGCUCGGUUCCGGGUCGCCUGUCCCUACUCAGCUCCACGUCCAAGUACAAGGUGACGGUGGCCGAGGUGCAGCGACGCCUCUCGCCGCCCGAGUGCCUCAACGCCUCACUGCUGGGCGGCGUGCUCAGGAGGGCGAAGUCAAAGAACGGCGGCAGAUCCUUGCGGGAGAAGCUGGAUAAAAUCGGCUUGAAUCUACCUGCAGGCAGACGCAAGGCAGCUAACGUCACCUUGCUGACGUCACUAGUAGAAGGCGAAGCGGUGCAUCUUGCCAGGGAUUUUGGUUACGUGUGUGAGACCGAGUUCCCCGCCAAGGCAGUAGCUGAAUAUGUAAACCGUCAGCACUCCGACCCAAACGAACAAGUCCAAAGAAAAAACAUGCUACUGGCAACAAAGCAAGUGUGCAAGGAGUUUACGGACCUGUUGUCUCAGGACCGUUCGCCACUGGGGAACUCGCGGCCGCAGCCCAUCCUCGAACCGGGAAUCCAGAGCUGCUUGACCCACUUCAGCCUCAUCUCGCACGGCUUCGGCACGCCGGCCCUGUGCGCGGCCGUCACGGCACUGCAGAACUAUCUGACCGAAGCCAUCAAAGCCAUGGACAAAAUGUACCUCAACAACAACCCCAACAGUCAUUCAGAUAACGGCACUAAAGGCGACAAAGACGAAAAGCACAGAAAGUGAUCCCCCCCACUACCACCAUUAGGGGGCCAAAUCCCCCUUCCCCUCGGGGGCCUUUUUUUUGCCGCCCCGCCCCCACUUCUUCUCCCACACCCAUUCAAUAUAAAUAUUAUAAAUACUAUUGAUAAAGUCGUACCACUCGCUGACCUUGCGCCAUGUUUUUGUGGGGUUGACGCAUUUUUUGGAAUCGCUGGGAAAAAAACACUACAACACAAGAAUCUUCCCGCAGCUGUAUGAAACGUUAUUAUUGUUAUUAUAAAAAAAAGAAAGAAAAGAACAGCUCCCGGGUGUGGAAGAGGUGUGUUUGCCCACAAAAGAAGACGUCUGAUGUUCUUCCAUCACCUUUUUUCCCCUUCUAAAGAGCUGCAAGCAACGGACUGAAAUCCAGCGACCGAAUUUUGUGAGACAAAAAAAAAAAGGAAGAAGCCCAAAGAUGGACGAAUUCUUCUAUCAGUAUUGUGAAUAAUAACUUCACUGAGCUCCUUGUCAUCACUUCAAACUCUCUUCUCCUUCUCUCUCUCCGAGCGACCAACUUGAACUUUUUUUUUUUUUUUUUUUUGGAAUUUCAACACGAUUCGCGGUUAUAUAAGGGAAUCAGUGUUCAUGUAUGUAUAUAUUUAUUUAUGUGUAAUUUAAUGGGAAUUGUAAAUAUGGUGCGUCUGUUGAAACCUUUUUUUUUUAAUUUAUCUGGUGCCUCCUGUUUUAGUGGGUUUUAAUAUUCGGUUAGUUCUUCAUGUGAUUUAAUGGUUCUUAGAAAAAAACAAAACACGUUUGGGGUCAUUUUUUUGAAUUUUAUUUCUCUGGGAUAUUUCAAUUCAGCCCUCUUGUAGCAUGUUGAGGCGACAUUGAAGCAAGUGAACAAAUUGAAUAGAAAUAAACUUCCACUUUUCUCUAUAUCUCAUCCUAAUUUGAUCAUUUCACACCCUAAAAAAGAUUUUAAAAGAUUUUUUGUUGUUGUUUGCGUUUAUAUUUUUUGAAAUACAAGACUUACGUGUCGUGCCAAUUACAAAAAAACGCAUCAUGUCCUAUUUUCGAAGCUCCAUCAAAGCAAUAAAUGGAUUUUUGUUUUUCUUUUGAAGAUUGGGGUACACCUUGUCCUGUCCGAUCAUGUCCCAAUAAAUUGGAGGCGGUUGUUACUGUAUAGACACGUGCUGGCAAUAGGUCCCAAUGCCUGUCAAUGUAUUAUAUUCCUUUGUUGCCCAGAAAAAAAUAAAUAUUUGAUACGCUU